AUGUCUUCGGUGACCACUGAUGAAGAUAUCGUUGAUCGUUGGAUUGAAAUCGAUGAUACGAUUAGUGUACCCGAGCAAACACUGGAUGAAAUACUUGCUGAGAAACUGAUCAAUUUCGAUGAAGACUUGAGUUGUGUGGAGGAUGACGAUUCGUCGAUGAUAACAGGCACUCAUAGUGCUAGAGCUUUAUCACCAGUAUGCUAUAUCCUCGAUUCACCAAUUACAUUCCAAUAUUUGGAUGGAGUAUCGCACCAGCUGAAAUCCCAGUUUGAGCAUCGUUUUGGUGGGCCAUCAAGUGCUAUAGCUGCAUCAUCGAAACAUAUUGCCGUCGGCACCAGUCGUGGUCUGGUGCUCAUUUUUUCACGGCUCACUCAACGAUUAGAGCGUUCAAUUGUUUCGGAUGGAAGUCCAGUGUCAUGUCUUAAUUUUAACGUUGAUGGUGCAAAGUUAGCAAUUGGUUAUGCUACCGGAUUGUUGAAAGUUGUGAAUGUGCUGAAUGGGCGAAUGAUCGAAGAUAGUAAUGAGGUGGUACAACCCGGAAGAGGUGUCAUUCAGAUAUUAUUCUUGGGCAGUGGUCGACGUUUAAUGAUAGUCGAUAGUGGUGGUUCAGUCUACGAAAUGCGAACACAUACACGGGUUAGAUCAGCGCGACUUAAGUGUGUCUUCUCAGGAUGCCAUGGAGAGGUGGUUCAUAUUGCAUCGUUAGCGAACGAUACCCUUUUGGCGUUGUUAUCGUUGUCGAAACUGAUGUUGAUUAGUGUGCGUGAUGCUAAGUUGAUAUUCGUGAACACGUUCACAGGCCCGCCAGAUCGACCACCUCUUGUCGAUUGGCAGUUCGUUGAUUUCAAAGUCUGUUUGUUUUACCACUGGAAUUUCUCAGCCACUCGUAUUUUACAAUUCGGUUUGCAGUUGACAUCUGCUGCGAAGGCUCGAAGUCUGGUGGUGAGUGUAGCACGUGGGUCACGAAUUGAUUUAUGUCGCUUAGUAGCACCAAAGCCGGAUAACGGCAAAGCUCUUGCCGUCAUUAAGUGCGUAUAA